CAUAUCGUCUCGGACAAAGAUGCGGCCAAACGUGCUGCCCGCGCUCCGCAGAUAAAACCACCGCUAAACGCACGAAGAGAGCGGACGAGGAGCGAACCAACAGGUGGUUCCUUGUUUUUUUUUUUCGUUGCGGGGCACCGUGUUUCCAGAGCGCACCGCCACGAUGCUGUUACCGCCAGGCGCACUGCUGCUGCUGCUGGCGGCUCUCUACUCCAGCGUAGACCUGACGGGGGCUGAGGGUUGUGGAGCAUCUUGUGGAAAAUGUGACUGCAGUGGUGUAAAAGGAGCAAAGGGUGAACGUGGAUUUCCUGGUCUUCAAGGCAAUAUGGGAUUCCCAGGAAUGCAGGGACAUGAAGGGCCUCCAGGACCGAUGGGCCCCAAGGGAGAUGAAGGACAACCUGGAGCUCCCGGACUGAAAGGAGUGCGGGGUCCUCCUGGUCUGCCAGGCUUUCCAGGAAACCCAGGACUACCAGGCAUCAAUGGAAACGAUGGACCCCCAGGUCUGCCAGGCAUCCCAGGAUGCAACGGGACUAAAGGAGACAGAGGACGAGAUGGCGCUCCUGGGUUUCCUGGUCUUCAGGGACGUCCUGGCAUCGAUGGAGUUCCUGGGAUGAAGGGCGACCCCGGCGGUGUGAUUGGAAUUGUUCCCCUGAAAGGAGACAGAGGAUUUCCUGGCGCACCUGGAUUACCUGGACAAAGUGGACAUCCUGGACCUACUGGACCUCCAGGACCUCGUGGCUAUCAAGGACCCAAAGGAGACGCUGGUCCCCCUGGCCCUCCUGGAGAGAAGGGUGACAAGCUGGCCUUUGUGGGUGAGAAAGGAGAUAAGGGUGAGCAGGGAUUCCGUGGCCCACCUGGCCCUCCUGGACCUCCAUCACUGGAAGUGGAAGGAGUCAGACCCACGCAUUAUGUACCUGGACCACAGGGUGAAAGAGGACUUCCUGGAGACAAAGGAGAAAAAGGUUAUUGCAUCCCGUAUCAAACUGGUGUCAAAGGUGAUCCCGGCCCUCCUGGACAACCAGGUAAACCUGGCAAGGAUGGAGCACCUGGGCGGAAGGGAGAACAAGGCUUUCAUGGAGUUCCAGGAUACCCUGGUUCACAGGGUGAAAAGGGCGAGAGCGGACCACCGGGUUAUGGGAGUGGGGCCCCUGGUCCUCCUGGUCCUCGUGGUAGCCCAGGGUUAACAGGAGAAAAAGGUUUUCCUGGUCCUCAGGGAGAGGCAGGUCCACCAGGCCGGGACAUUGAAGGGCCUCGUGGAGAGAAGGGUGAGAAGGGAGACGUGGGUGAGAAAGGAGACAGAGGAAUGGAAGGAGAGUCUCUCGUUGGCCCCCCAGGACAACCAGGAGACCCUGGACCCCCGGGACCACCUGGACAACCAAUUGACCCUGAUUCAUGUAACAUCGAGAAAGGAGCUCCUGGACCGCCUGGACCUCCAGGAUUACAAGGGGAAUUGGGACAGAAAGGUGACAAGGGAGAUACCUGUGUUCAGUGUCACAGUUCUGGCCCACCUGGAUUACCUGGGCCUCAGGGCCCUAAAGGAGAUCGAGGACCUCCUGGAUUAGUGGGCGGCAAGGGAGAAAAGGGUCAGACUGGCCUCCCUGGACAACCUGGUAGACCUGGUUCUGAAGGCACCCCUGGGUUGAUGGGAGCCCCUGGAGCUGUUGGCGAGCCAGGGGACAUUUUUGUAGCACCUGGUCUGAAGGGGGACAAAGGUCUGCCUGGUAUUCCUGGAACACCAGGGCAGCCAGGGCUGGAUGGACAGCCAGGAAGAGCUGGCUUUCCUGGUGAACCUGGCCUCAAAGGAGAACCGGCCAAAGAGGGCAUCAAGGGUGAGCGUGGACCAAGUGGGGACCCGGGUCUCAUCGGGCCUCCUGGAGGGAGGGGCCCACCUGGUCUGCCAGGCUUCGGUCGGCAAGGAGAUCCCGGAGAGAAGGGUUCUCAUGGGAGACCGGGGCUUCCUGGAACUCCUGGACGACCUGGUGCAAAAGGUGAGCCGGGUCAAGGUGUGAGUGCCCCUGGACCUCCAGGAGUACCUGGAUCACAGGGAGAACCUGGCAUACCUGGAUUUCAAGGCGAUAGAGGCCUGCCUGGAGACCCAGGGCUGCCAGGUUUCCGUGGAACCAAGGGUGACCAAGGACCCCCUGGAAUUGGAUUUCCAGGCCCAACUGGUCCAAAAGGAAUCAGUGGAAUUCCAGGAGCUCCAGGAUUACCAGGAGAGCCAGGAAGACCAGGACAGGAUGGCAUAACAGGUCAACCUGGUCAACCUGGACAAAAGGGUGAACCAGGACGGGGUCUUCCAGGUCCCAAAGGUUUGCCUGGCCCCCAAGGAAUUAUUGGCUUCCAAGGAGAGAAGGGUAGCAUUGGACCACCUGGUGUUCCGGGACAGGAAGGUGACACAGGACCACCAGGCUCUCAGGGAAUCAAAGGUGAGGUGGGACCUCCAGGACCUCCUGGACUGGUUGGCUUACCAGGUGCUCCAGGAAAAGGUUCACCCGGAGCUCCUGGACCCCAAGGACCACCUGGAGAGCCAGGACCAUUCGGUAGGGAAGGUAUAAAGGGAGAAAAGGGCUUUCCAGGUUCACCUGGUCUGGACAUGCCGGGUCCUCAGGGAGAGAAGGGAGUGCCCGGGUUCCCAGGAAGCCCUGGCUCUAAAGGACUGCCAGGGCCACCAGGCUUACCAGGCAGGGACGGACUGAUCGGAUUUCAAGGUCCCAAAGGUGAAAUGGGGGUUAUUGGGACACCAGGAGUACAAGGCAUGCCUGGACCACCUGGCACACCUGGAGAUCCUGGUCAGAGAGGUGAUCCUGGUAUAACCGGACUAAGAGGGGAGAUCGGAGAGCCUGGUCUUAAGGGAGAAAGGGGAGAUAGAGGUCUUCAGGGCCCUCCUGGGAACAUGAGUGACGUUGACAUGGAGCAUAUGAAGGGGGAGAAGGGAGACCUCGGAGACCCAGGUCACACUGGGCUCACUGGACAGAAGGGCUUCCGUGGACUCCCUGGAGACCCUGGAAUGCCAGGGAAAGAUGGAGAGCCUGGAACACCUGGACAUCCAGGUGAGAAAGGAGACACCGGUCUUCCGGGAGAGCCUGGAAGAAUCGGAGUAACUGGACAGAAAGGCAGCCAAGGAGAGAUGGGCAUACCAGGUGUGGCUGGUCCAAAGGGUACUAAAGGAGAUACAGGUACACCAGGGCAUCCUGGAUUCAGAGGCCAAGAUGGGCAGAAAGGAGAUAAGGGAGUAGCCGGUGAGCCAGGUAUUGGAAUCCCCGGAUUUCCAGGAGAAAAGGGUGAGAAAGGCCAGCCAGGAUUCCCAGGAACACCAGGAGACAAGGGUCAGAGGGGUCAUGAAGGCAUGCCAGGAAAGCCAGGACUGGAUGGAUCCAAGGGAGAGAAAGGGAGCAUCGGGUAUACAGGUCAGCCAGGUAUACCAGGUGAGAAGGGGGUGCCAGGGCUGCCAGGGUCUCCUGGAGAACCUGGUCAGGAGGGUCGGCCUGGUGAGGGUGGCUUACAGGGACCUCCUGGCUCUAUUGGGGAGAAGGGAGAGGCUGGAGAGGAUGGUAUCCCAGGAUCCUCAGGAGAGAAAGGAGACCCAGGUUUACCUGGCCGAGGUUUCCAAGGUCCACCUGGAGCUCUUGGUAUCAAAGGUGAUAAAGGCAGUCCUGGCUUCCCUGGUACCCCAGGUCAUCCUGGUGUCCCUGGCAUCAAAGGAGACAAGGGACUUACAGGUGUAGUGGGAUCCCCAGGUGAGCCAGGAGAGAGGGGGUUGCCAGGUAUCUCUCUAGAGGGUCCUAAGGGAGACAGGGGAGAACCAGGACACACCGGAGAAAGAGGAACCACAGGAGUGCCUGGUGUGCCUGGUGUGCCAGGCAGAGAAGGUCCAAAGGGGGACAAAGGAGACCAGGGCAAACCCGGUUUUCAGGGAGAGUCGGGACAUAAAGGCGACCCCGGAGUUCCUGGACUUCCUGGACAAUCUGGUCUUCCAGGUAUCGAUGGACAGAAGGGAGAGAGAGGCGUGCAAGGUGUCGCUGGCUUCCCAGGUUCAAAGGGUGCUUUCGGGGACUCGGGAUUCAAAGGAGAACUUGGAGACAGAGGAUUUCCCGGAGAAAAGGGUAAUGAUGGCCCCCCUGGUCCUCCUGGCCCCCAGAUCUUCAUCAAAGGAGACAUUGGAUUCCCUGGGAUUCAAGGCUUACCAGGACCUCAGGGACCCUCUGGGCUCCCUGGACAGAAAGGACAGCAAGGUAUGACAGGUGUUAUAGGUCCUAAAGGUGACGAUGGCAUUCCCGGAUAUCACGGUCAGCCCGGAAGCAAAGGAGAGCCUGGCCUGCCGGGGCCGCAGGGACCCAGAGGGCACCCUGGCCCUCCAGGACCUGACGGUGUUCCAGGUCAAGUGGGUCCACCUGGCCCGUCUUCCAUGGAUCACGGCUUCUUGGUGACCCGUCACAGCCAAUCGGUAGACAUUCCGCAGUGUCCUGAUGGAACCUCGAUCAUCUACGAUGGCUACUCCUUGCUUUAUGUACAGGGCAACGAGCGCUCCCAUGGGCAGGACUUGGGUACGGCAGGCAGCUGUCUACGGAAGUUCAGCCCCAUGCCCUUCCUGUUCUGUAACAUCAACAACGUGUGCAACUUUGCCUCCCGUAAUGAUUACUCCUACUGGCUCACCUCCCCUGAGCCCAUGCCCAUGAGCAUGGCACCUAUCACUGGUGAAAGCAUCAAACCCUUCAUCAGCAGGUGUGCUGUGUGUGAAGCCCCAGCCAUGGUGAUAGCAAUUCACAGUCAGACAAUCAUGAUCCCACCGUGCCCUCACGGCUGGGAUUCUCUCUGGAUCGGAUAUUCUUUUGUCAUGCACACAAGUGCCGGUGCUGAGGGUUCGGGCCAGGCUUUGGCCUCUCCUGGAUCCUGCUUGGAGGAAUUCCGCAGCGCUCCAUUCAUUGAGUGUCACGGCCGUGGAACCUGCAACUACUACGCCAACUCCUACAGCUUCUGGCUCGCCACCAUCGAAGACAAUGAGAUGUUUACGAAACCUGUCCCGCAGACACUAAAAGCAGGCAGCCUCCGAACACACAUAAGCCGCUGUCAGGUGUGCAUGAAGAGGACAUAAACCCAAACACCAGAGUCCUCCAUCCCAACCUGCGAGCAAAAACCAUGUGUGCUGACGUCCUCGACUUGCCUUUUACUUCCUAUUUUCAAAAGGAUGGUGCUAUUUUCCUGCAUGUUUGAGGAGGAGGAGGAGGAGGAGGAGGAGGAGGAGGAGAGGGACAGAGAUGUGGUUUGCAGAAAAACCAGAGAUUGAACAUUACAGUCCAGAAACGAAGCGGAGACCAAACACAGCAGCCUUUUUUGCUUCAUGCAGAACACUUAACUAACACGAUCACAAAGUGUCUCUAAAGAAUUGCACCCAGUUUACCUCUGCACUGAGUACAUGCCCCCUAAACUGGUAAACUGGUGUUCAUUUUGAAAAGGGUUGCUUGCGUGUGUCAGGUGCUAUUCUUACUUACCUGCCUUAUUCCAUCUUGUUUUUUUUCUUAAUCUGUCAGCACCACAGCAUUCAAAGAUAUAGUCACGUAUUAUAAUAGAUGUUCACACAUUUUUUUUAACUUGUUUAAGUAUACUAAUGUAAAGGAUGGGACUCGCCACUGGUUACCGGUCAUUCGCUGAACCCCCACGAUGUUGCAGACACACAUAUAAAAAACAAUCCCUCUGUUGUAAAUAUGAUGCAUUCCUCUCUCACACAGUUCAACAUACUCUCCUCAGGUUAUUAUUGAAUUACUUUGUGUGCUUUAAGUCCAUUUUUAUUUAUAAGAUUUAUGAGAAUAUGUUGGACUUGAGUGAGGUUCCAUAUGAUCCAAAAGAAGCAGUGUUUCAGCGUCUGACAAUAGGCGCCACAGUAACAUACAGAAGAGCACUGAAAUAGCAUCAGCUGGUGUGUGUGUGUGUGUGUGUGUGGUUGCAUGUGUGAAUGUGUGAGUGUACAUAUAUGAAUGGAUUAUUGGAGAGCUGUGUGUAUUUUGUGAUGUCUGCAUAUACAAUAUAUUGUUACACAACCACAAACAGAAAUAGAAAAAAUCAUCACCUUUGCCUAUACCUUUACUAUGUCAGAAUAUUGUGUGUAACAGCUGCGUAUUAAAGGGCGACUACCCCGCUUCGACACAUUUAGCUGUGUUUACAGGUCUUGGAGGGGGAUUACUGCAUGUGUGAAAAUUUAGUGUAAAGCUCUAGAGGAAGCUGCAUGUAAUCUGAUAAAUUCCCUCCAGUGAUGUCACUCUGUGCACUCAGUUGUAUCGUGGGUAAUGUAGGCGCCAUGUUUUAAAAUGCAGUCCACUGGUUUUGCAUUGCACUCCUAAAACAGUGUUGGGGUCAUUAUGAAAUGUUUUUGGGAAUAUGAUCAAAAUCGAUACAACAGAACCAGAGUGGUCGUAUUUUUUAUACAUACUUUUUCUUUUUCCAUUUUCAAACCUGCUGCCUACAUUACCCACAAUGCAACUUAACCACCAAGUGACAUCACUGAAGCAAAUAUAUCAGAUUUUUGCAGCUUCUUCUGGAGCGACAAAAUGCUUUCUAUUUUUUCACAUAUGCAAUAGUACUCCCCAAGACCUGUAAACACACUUCAGUGUCUAAAAUUGGUGGAGUUGCCCUUUAAAUGAUUUACGUGAACCAAAUAUUUCUCUUCCUCUGAUCCCAAAGAAAUGCACAUGUAUAUAUACUUUCACAUAACAUGUACUUGCCUCUUUGCUCAUGUACUUGACUGUUGCCAUUUGUGAUUUACUGUCAUCAUCCCUGUUAAGGAGAGAUUGAUUUUUUGUUAAGAGUGAAAGGUCAUCACCCUGUUGUAUCUUUGGACUUUCAAGUCGAACACAUACAGAGGAGGACACGGAGUGUGUUACAAGUGUCUAUGCAAGUUGAGAUGCUUCAAAAGGUCUUAACAGUGCCUUAAUAUUUAGUAUUUGGACAUAGCUUGAGUCUUCAUCAGUUGGAGGAAGGCUGCAUCUGGGCUAUUGAGAGAAUCAACGUUUUCCACUGUUGGCAGUGACUCUACACUGACCGUGACCUGUUUUUGUUUGUGUGUUGUGAUCAACUGCUCCUUGAAGUAUAUACAGUAUUAGCAGUGUUUGCCAUCAUAAAACAAACUUGAUUACUGUAAUCCUAACUAAUUAACAAACAGAAAAACUUUGACAUUUUAUAUUUUCCGGAUCCCAUACUGUGUAAUUCCUGCAAUAAAGUUAUUUGUAGAAUAUUCUUAUUAAUUUA